CCCUCUUUCCCAGAAGCCCCCGCGCCGCCGCCUCGUCUCCGGGCGGGGCUCCCGGCGUGCACCGCGCGCUCCGGGGCGGCGCCUGAGGAGCGUGGCUGGCUUCAGUUGACCGUCCCAGGAGCUCCUGCAGCGCCCUGCGCCCAGCCGUCCUGGAGGUCUCCUCCAGGGCUUUCAUCUCUGCAGAGCCAGCAUCAGCAUGUCUGGGGCUGAGGACGCGCCCCCUGGGGGCUGUGACCGGCCCGCCGCGGGUGGCAGGGCUGUGCUGUGUUUUGGACAGACUCAGUACUCGGCGGAGGAAUACCAGGCCAUCCAGAGCGCCCUGCGCCAGAGGCUGGGCCCGGAAUACAUAAGCAGCCGCAUGGCUGGAGGAGGCCAGAAGGGCCGCCCCCUCGUUUUCCAGGUGUGUUACAUCGAGGGCCACAGGGUGAUUAACCUGGCCAAUGAGAUGUUUGGCUACAACGGCUGGGCGCACUCGGUCACGCAGCAGAACGUGGAUUUUGUGGACCUUAACAAUGGCAAGUUCUACGUGGGUGUCUGUGCCUUCGUGAGAGUGCAGUUAAAGGAUGGCGCCUACCACGAGGAUGUGGGCUACGGAGUCAGCGAGGGUCUCAAGUCUAAGGCCUUGUCCUUGGAGAAGGCCAGGAAGGAGGCGGUGACCGACGGGCUAAAGCGUGCGCUCAGGAGCUUCGGGAACGCGCUGGGGAACUGCAUCCUGGACAAAGAUUAUCUGCGCUCCCUGAACAAGCUCCCCCGCCAGCUGCCUCUUGAAGUGGAUCUGACCAAAGCCAAGAGACAAGACCUGGAGCCGUCGGUGGAGCAGGCGAGGUACAACAGCUGCCGGCUGCAGGCGGCUCUGGGAGUCCCGGGGGCCGCGGCAGCGCCGGCCCAGAGCAGACCAGGCCGCCCCGAGGAAGAGGAGGGGGAGACGCGCAGCUGCUCCAGCGUGGAGGAGUCCACGCUGCAGCGGAAGCUGCGGCAGAAGCAGCUGCAGCAGCAGUUCCGGGAGCAGAUGGAGCGGCGGCCCGCUGCAGCUGUGGGACAGAGUGACGCAAACCCGGAAGACAACCUGGACCUCUGGGACCUCACUCCAGACCUGGAAGACUUCUCGAAGCCCUCGGUGAAACCAGAACCCCCCUGGACCUCUGCCCACGCAGCCCCGGACCACCAGGUGGCGCUGCAAGACCGGCGCCCACACACCUGCCGCCAGAAGCCGGAGAAACCCGAGCCCUGGCACCCCCAAACCUGCAACGCGCACUGGCUCCCAACAGGAGGUGAGGCUCCCCGGGAGCACCGGGACUGGAAGAAACGGAAACUGGAUCCACCCUGAGGCCCAGGCUGGACAGGCGCCACCUCGAGGGGACUGGAAGACACCUUUGCCCAGGAAGCCACUGGCCAUAGCCCGAGACUGACCGCUCCUCACCGAGCCUCGCCCAGGCCCGGGUCAGGGCGCAGAGAGCCAGCCCCCCCUCCGCCCCCCCUCCC